AACAACACAUGGCACCACUCGUCUACACACCCUGACAAAGACCCGCGAUCUAACACUCCCUUCUUUCCUUAUUUCUUCGCCUUCAUUUUCAUUCUUUCUCCAAUCCAAUCGAUCUCAUUCUCAGUAACAACAAUGAGGAGCAUUCUCGUGACGCUAACGGCGUUUCUGGCGCUGUCAACUCUGUUUACACUCGGCGUUAACGGAGAUCUCUCGGAGAAGACGGUGGUUAAGAAGGUGAAGGGGAAAAAAGUGUGCACGAGAGGUUGGGAGUGUAGCACGUGGUCAAAGUAUUGUUGUAAUGAGACGAUUUCGGAUUUUUUUCAGACGUACCAGUUUGAGAAUUUAUUUUCGAAAAGAAAUUCGCCAGUGGCUCACGCUGUGGGCUUCUGGGAUUAUCAAGCUUUUGUAUUGGCUUCGGCUAUGUUUCAGCCGCUUGGAUUUGGUACAACUGGCGGGAAGCUCAUGCAGAUGAAGGAGGUUGCCGCGUUUCUCGCUCAUGUUGGCUGCAAGACUUCUUGUGGUUAUGGAGUGGCCACUGGAGGACCAUUGGCAUGGGGACUUUGCUACAACAGGGAAAUGAGCCCAAGCCAGUCAUACUGUGAUGACUCCUACAAAUUCACCUAUCCUUGCAGCCCUGGAGCUGAAUACUAUGGUCGUGGUGCAAUUCCUAUUUAUUGGAACUUCAACUAUGGAGCUGUAGGAGAAGCUUUGAAGGUGGAUCUUUUGAACCAUCCAGAAUACAUUGAACAGAAUGCUACCCUUGCCUUCCAGACUGCAAUUUGGAAGUGGAUGACCCCGAUCAAGAAAACCCAGCCUUCAUCCCAUGAUGCCUUUGUUGGCAACUGGAAGCCGACCAAGAACGACACUUUGUCCAAGCGGGGGGCUAACUUUGGCACCACAAUGAAUAUCCUCUAUGGUGAUCUUGUAUGCGGUCAGGGUGAUAUUGAUCCCAUGAACAACAUUAUCUCCCAUUACUUGUAUUACCUUGAUUUAAUGGGAGUUGGCCGAGAGGAGGCAGGGCCGAAUGAAGAACUCACUUGUGCUGAACAGGUGGCAUUCAAUCCAUCCAAACCCACUUCCACUGCAUCUUCUUGAGGUCUGUAUAAUGAAAUUUGGUGCUCAAUUGCCCUUGCUAUUGAUGGACUGGUUCUGUCCAAAAAGGAACCAUUAAGAAUAAGACUGGGCCAAUUAAGUUAUUUGUUGUAAGAUUAUUCUUUUUUUCAGCUUUAGUCUUUGUGUGAGUAUAUACUGUCAAGUACAAUUAUAGUGUGUGGAUUGUUUUGUCACUACUGGUCAUUCUUCAUCGUUGUAGAUUUGAGAUUCAUUUUUUUUGGUUUGUGAGAUCUAUCUUAUAUGUGGUUACAUUUUAUGUACUAAAUGAACCAUUUUGUUGUUACGUGUUUCAAUAGAA